AUGUGGUUGAUGAUGCUGCGUUCAUUAGGGAAGAUGAGAAAAAGGAUGAAAGAGUUGGUCGUAUUGUUGCUCUGAUGAAUGCCAAACAAGACUGGAACCAAUUCGCUUGGGAAGUUGAGGCUUUGCCUCGAAAUGUGGAGCUUUCUGAUUCAGAAGAAGAUGUUGAAGUCGAAGAUGUCACAGAGGAACCGUCUGUUAUUGCAGAGGAACCGACUGUUGUUGCAGAGGAACCAAUUGUUGUUACGAAAAGGGGCAAGCGCAAGCUUAUUGAUCCAGGUGUCGAGUCUCGAAAGAAACAACUGCUUUGUCAACGGGCGGCUGAGCAUAACAGUGGUGUCUCCGGUGAUCUGAAGACCUUCAUUGAAGGUUUGUUCACCUCUUCUUUCAACUCUUUAAAGGAGCUGGUGCAAAAGGACAUUCAAGAGCAUUUUGACAAGGUCCAUAAUGAGAUGGCUCAACUCAAGGAAACGAUGUCUCAAGUUACGGGUCCUUCACAUACAGAGGGAAAAACCAGAGCAUCUGAGAUUUCGGGUCCUUCACAAUCAGAGGGGAAAGACCAAGACAAAUCAUCACAGAGUCCGGGUCCUUCAGCAGCAAAGGGAAAAGCCAAUGGCAAGGCAGCUGAGAGUUUGCCUCCUCCUGCGGUUCAUCGUAGCCCUAGGCCAGUAAGAAAGGAUGUUCAAAAUUCUGAGGACGACAUGAUGGAUUUUUUGAAGAAUUUGUCACAAUCAUCAAACAUCAAAGUAGAAAUGGAGACCCAAGAGUACUUACAAGAUGCCAUGGGAAACCUUUCUCAAUCAUCAUAUGUUAAAGAGGUCUUUGACUGUGAGGGAUUGAAAUACAACAAGGAAGUGGAGCCAUUUGCCAUUCUCAUCCCUAGAAUUGUCAAAGCUGUUCAGUCUUCAAAGAAUCGGCAGCAAGUGAAGGUCAAGCAAUAUACUAGAAAGAAAGAAAAUCAUCUUUUUAAGUGGGUAGACGACGCUCUGUUCGAUGAGAUUCAGAGGAUAGAUGAGCAUCAGACGAGAAUUGCCGAGGAAAUUGAAGAUCUGAGAAGUUCCAUGAAGAAGACAGUUGAGGAGGAAGUUAUGAAACAUAAGAAUUCGAUCGAUGUAGGUUGUUUAGGAUCCAUUCUCACUAUUUUAUGUCUCUGGUCCAAACGUGAUUGA